AUGAAACUUUCGAAAAUCCAAUUAGAGGAAUUAUUACGCGAUUUAUUAAUCCAAUUACAGUACUCCAGAGGCGAAAAUAAAAGCUUUUUUAAAGAAGGAGUUGAUACUGCUAGAAAAGAAAUUUUAAAAUUAGAAAAAUUAGAAAGAUUAGAAGCAUUAAUAAUAGAACAAAAUAAUGAAAUUCAAGAAAAUAAUGAACAAUUUAUAAACAAUCAAGAACCAGAAAUCGUUCAAGAUAAUGAAAAUGAACAUCCAACACAUAACUUCCCAAUUGAAAAUGAAGAGCCAAUUCAUGUUUCACCACCAUAUCACUACCCUUAUGAAUUGGAAGAACCUAUUUAUUCAACACCUCCACAACAACAACAACCACACAAUCUUAUAAAUGAUUUUGAACAAGAAAUAGAUGAUUAUAUUCAUGACCAAGAAGAACACAAUUUAGAUCAACAAGACGAACAACAAGACGACUUCCCACCAACUCAAUCACCACCACAUGAAGAUGAAGAAUCACAACAAUCAGAUUUCCCACCAACUCAAUCACCAGUUUUAGAACAACCACAAGCUCCACAAAGAAAUGUUCAUUUCAAUCUUGAUUUGAAUAUCUAUUAUGAACCUAUACCAACACCACCACUUACCCCAACACCACCACUUACCCCAACCCAAGAAGAAUAA